AAGAAGAAACGACGAUGGAGGGCAAUUGGAAAUGGGUGAGAGAGGCACUAACUUCAGCAUGUAGGAAGAUUCUGGGCAGCAGGAAGCAUCAUCGUAAUGAAUGGAUCUCUAUGGAAAACCUGCGUAUGAUUCAAGAAAGGAAGAAGAAAAAGAAGACAGCAGCAGAAGACAAUUGUCGAACAAGGACAGAGAAAGUCGAGACACAAGCUGAAUACAUGGAAGCAAAGAAGCAAGUGGAGAGGAGCAUUAGGGCUGACAAACAGAAAUACGUGGAAAACCUAGCAAUAACAGCGGGAAAUGCUGCAGCAGAAGGAAAUAUGAAACAACCAUAUGACACGAGGAAACUGGCAAGGAAAUAUAAUAAACCAGAGAGACCGGUCAAGGACAAAGAAGGCGAGCCAAUCACUGAGAUCCAAGAACAGGGGAAGAGAUGUGUAAAACACUGAGGAACUUUUGAAUAGACCAGCUCCGAUGAAUCCACCUGCUUCAGUUUGGGCACCCGGGCAGUAUUCCAGCCCUCACACAGAUCGAAUGAUGAAGUGUGGCGCAUAUCUGUUUAGUGCCUCGAAUGUUUAUGUGUUUAAAUAAAUAAAUAACCCACCCAACAUCGGAACAACACC